CCUCGCGCUCUGAACGGCAAGUUGCAAACAAACAGCUGCACCGCAUCUGAAUCAUCUGAAUCUGUUGUUUUUGUCUUUGCCAUAAACCCGAUACUUGAUUUCAAACAACGCUAAACGCUGAUUUAGUCGGAUCUGAGUGAAUUUUGGAACAGCAUGCACAUCAGUUGAAAAUAAAGCCGCAAUUAGGUAAGGAAAGCUAAAAAUCAUGUCCAAAUCGAAGAAGCAUAAGAAGGAAAAGCGGAAGAAGGAUAAGAAAGAAAAGAAGAAGAAGCACAAAAAGCGCUCGUGUUCACCGCCAGUGAUGGGCCCCUCCCUGCCUAAGGACGUUGGUCCCAUUGGUCCUGCGCCACCAGCAGGACCCACCAACACUAUGGUGCCGAUGACCAAAGAGCAGUGGGAGGCCAAGCAGAGUCAAGUCAGACGCGUGCUGGAUCCAGAAACUGGACGAAUGAGACUCAUCCGUGGUGAGGGCGAAAUCAUUGAGGAGCCAGUAAGUAGAGCGCGGCAGAAGGAAAUCAAUAAAAUGGCAACACAGGCGGACGGAGAGGCCUUCCAGAGGACUUUGGCAGCCAAACUGAAGGUGAAAGUGUCAUGUCACAAGCUGAAGAGGUACUGAACAAGAGACUGACCAGCAUAAGUGAGUGAAACCGUGAAAUGUGCAUUAUAAACCCAAGACUGUAUUUGCCAUGCAUAACUUAUGAAAAUGGAUAAUAUGGAUCAAAAUCAGAAUUAUAAUUUGAAAAUUUUUCAAAUCAAUUGCAGAGUUGCCUUUGAAAGAUUACAUGAACAAUAUACCAUAUUGGAAAAACUUGAAACUUUGUAGCUGCACAUCAACAGCCGAUAUAAUUCUAAAAAUCAAUAUUAUAAUUAUUGUGUUAAGUUGUUAAGUAACAAAAUUUGUCAUAUUUUACUAAUUUUGUUGUACGGCAAGCGGAGAAUAUAUUAUAUUUUUCCAUUAUCCUGAA